GCAUAACAGGUGGCCAUGUCUCGCCCAGUGACGCUUAGUCGGUCACGGAAUUUGUUUGCAACAGGUGACCAGAAAAUAUGCGCAAAAAAUACUGACAGUAGAAUAGACACCUUCCACGAUUACUGAUAUGUGCGCUACAUUUACCGACAUUUCUCGCACCGAUGUUGUAGGCCAAUAAUUUUACCACAGAUCUUAUGUCGCCAUAGAUCCACGUUCAGUUGCACAGGUCGUCGCCGGUUUCCUCGCAAACGACUGUUUCCAGUUACACGAGGGAGCCGUCCGGCUGGUGUGGCCAGCUCUCCACAAUGCUCAACAUCACAGUGAAGACACUUGACUCGCGCAACCACCAGUUCUCGGUGGCCGAUGAUGCGACUGUGAAGGCGUUCAAAGAGCAGAUUGCCGGGACGGUGGGCAUCGCGGCCGGCCAGCAGCGGCUCAUCUACUGCGGCCGGGUGCUGCAGGACGACAAGCCACUGCGCCAGUAUGACGUGCACGAGAAGGUAGUGCACCUGGUGCAGCGGCCGCCACCUGGCCGUGGCCCGCAGCCGCCGCCGCCGCCGCCGCCCACCGGGCCACGGCCGCACCACCACCACGUGCACCAUCACCACCACCAUCACCACCCGCCGGUGGGCCAAGUGCUGGUGGGCUCGUUCGUGUCUGAUCGGCCGACCGGCGCGCCCACGCUCGGCACCUCGUCGAGCGGAGCCCGCCUCUUCCAAGCCCGCCAGAUGGUCCACCUGGCCAACAUCGCGCUAGAUGCCUACGAGAACGGUGAGGAGAUACCGCGUCUGGCGACGGCCGGCGGAGCGGCGCCACCGCCACCGGCGACGGGCCCCCGGCAGCCGCCGCCCGCGCCGCCACAGCAGCAGCAGCAGCGGCCGCCGUCCCAGCCAGGAGGGCCCCGUCCGCCGCACAUGGCCACAAUGUUCCCGAUGAUCAACGUGCACGUGGGCACGGCCGGCGGCUCAGACCUGCAGCAGGCCACCUCGGCGGCCCUGACGGCCGCGCUCAGCGCCGCCUCCAACGCCAUGCCGAUGGUGGGUCUGAUGCCGGGCGCCAUGGGGUCAGGUGUGCCCCCCGGCCGCUUCCAAUUCCACAUCCACCAGCGGCCGACGACUCCCACUGCUGGUCCGGCCGCGGCGCCGGCAGCCGGCGCCGCCCGACCGGACUCCUCAGGCUCGACGCCCUCUACGGGCCCAGCCGUCUCAUCUCACACCUCGGAGGCGAUGCACUACCUGGCGCACGCGCUGCAUCUCAGUAGUGAUAUGAUGCUCGACUUCGAGCAGGCGCCGCCGCGCCACAUGCGCGCCCGACCCGUCAUCUUCACGGAGACGCACCCGAUGCCGGCCAUGCAGCCAGUGCAGGCGCACAUCAACAUCACCACUAACAUCCACCGGGAGCGGCCGGGCGCGCCGAACCUGCUCAACAACAUCGUCGAGGCGAUCCAGAACAGCGUGGUGGGCGCUCACCUGGAAGCGCAUGCGCCCGGUCUGCACCGCAACGUGCACGAGGCGGCGAUGGCGGCCCACCAGGCGGCACCGGCGGCGGCCGCCAUGGACGUGGAGCUGAGCGCGACAGCAGAGCCGGUACGGUCGGUGGGCGCGCUGGCGCCGGUGCGGCCGGGCGCCGAGUCGUGGCACUACGCGGUGCCGGCCGGCUGGCUGGCCACGCUCUGCCGUGACGCCGAGCUGCAGCGACGCCGGCCGUCGGCGGCGCGGCCCUUCAGUGACGGCUACCUGGCCGUGCAGCCGGCCGGUCGGCGCGCCGCGCUGCAGGCGCAGAAGCCGCGCGGCUCACUGGCUCAGCUUCAGCCGGCGCGGUACCCGGACGUGGGCCGGCUGGGCCGCCGCGAGUGA